CUAUGGUUAUGUCAACACAAAAUAAAAUGUAAAUACAUAAAAUAUUUUUUUAUUAAUGAAAAAUUAAUAAAUUGCCUAAAAAAAAUUAAUGAGUAAUAAUUAAUAAGAGUAUAAAAUAAUAAUAAUAAUAAUGAUGUAUAAUUUAACAAGAUUAUCAAAUAAAAAAUUAACUAUACGUAUAAAUAUAGUGACAAUAACAUUUACAAUAGUAAUAAUAAUGGUAAUUUAUUCAUUGUUACUAAAACAAUGUCGAUCAUCAUCAGACAGCAUCAAUAAUUCACAAUUAAAAAAACAAAAGUACAGACUACUGAUAUUAAUAAUAACGGCCCCGGAUAAUAUGAAAGAACGGGUGAUGAUACGUAAAAGUUGGCUGUCUGAUAAGAGUGAUAAUGUCAAACAUUUGUUUGCAAUUGGUACAGAAAAUAUUCAGUUGGAAAAUCAGGAGACCCUACAGUCGGAGCAGCUCAAAUUCAAAGACUUGCUUCUGCUGCCGAAAUUGCGCGACGCGUAUGGAACCUUGACCAAGAAAGUCUUGCAGUCGUUCAAGAGAAUUAAUGAUGAGUAUGAUUUCGAUUAUUUACUUAAAGUUGACGAUGAUUCCUUCGUCUUGAUACACAAGUUGCUGGUUAAUUUGGACACUUGGGAAGCUAAAGGAUACAGAAAGGAAUUGUACUGGGGAUUUUUUAAUGGAAAAGCUCAAGUUAAGAGACAUGGCACGUGGAAAGAGUCUGAAUGGAAUCUUUGUGAUUACUAUUUGCCGUAUGCUGUUGGCGGUGGAUAUGUUUUGGCUUAUAAUCUUGUUAAAUAUAUUGCUAUUAAUGCUGAUAACUUGAGAUUAUUUAAUUCCGAAGAUGUAUCAGUAGGACUAUGGCUGUCAGCAGUAGCCAACAUCGAACGUCGUCAUGACAUAAGAUUUGAUACUGAAUACCGUUCUCGCGGAUGUUCGAACGACUAUCUGAUAACACAUAAACAAUCGCCUGAUAACAUGAAAGCACUUCAUGAUUACUAUACAGCAACUGGUAAUUUAUGUAGCAAAGAAUUUUCAAACAGAAUGAGUUAUCACUACAAUUGGACAGUACCGCCUAGUCAAUGCUGCGUACGUAAGCCCGGAAUAAUAUAA